AUGAACAACGUGCGGUCGAGCAGCGGAAAACACCGCGGUUGUCUCCUACUGUGUGCUACUUUGGCAGUCGCAUUCUCCACUUAUAUUGAUCAGGUGGAAAGUUUGCCAGCAGAUCCUGAUAGUCAAUGGCCUACGUUCCCGAGAAGAAAUAUCGCAGCAUUAGCCAGAGAUGGUUACUUGAGAAGUUCUAGUUCUAAAGCAUACAAACGAGGCAUUUCUACGCUUGCUAAAAAUGGCUUACUGCCAACGUACAGGUCUCCGUAUGUAGAAGCAGAUAAGCAAGAUCAAGAUCAAGAUGAAUCUCAAGAAAAAAGAAAUGUAGCUUCGAUUGCAAGGCUCCGCAGUUAUGCAGCCAUGAAGAGGAACAUUCAAGCUCUUGCUAGAGACGGCUACCGCGUAGGUCGAGGACAGUAUAAUCCUUCUAAUGACAAACGCAAUAUUGCGGCUUUGGCACGCAAUGGUUUGCUUCACAAGAAGGACGAAGCGAAUGAAGAAGAAUACUAUUUCCCCUUCUACCAAAAUCCUAUUGCUCCUUUGUCUGAAAUUGAUCAUCCAUUAGAUGUCAAUGAAAUGUUUGAUUUCCAACAAUCGGUGAAUCCAGACAUGUUUCCAUCAAUGUCUCAAGUGUUCAAGCGUACUCCUUUUGAUCCAUACUACGACUACUACAACCAGAAAGAAUACGACAACUCGUAUUUUAAGAGGAGCUUCGCCGGUAGUCCAAUUCAUGGACUAUACAGACCUAACUACUUUGAACCAACUACUAGGACCAAACGCUACGUGAUGCCCUACCCUGAUCCUAUGGACGGAGACGAAGGGAUCGAGCAAAAUGAUAUUGAGGGAGAAAAACGUUCCGUAGGAAGCAUUCCGCUGACGAGAAUUUCGGAAUUAGGGAAUAUCGGUCUAGUUCCGAAGCUGACACAGCAAUCGAUUCAGACGACGCCGACAUACCGGCGGCGCCAGUACCUGCUCACUCGCACCCGACCGGUCGGAUCCUCCGCCAACCGCUAA